AUGCCGGAGGAAGUAGCUACAACGUCGGGCGUAUCGGCUCAUAAAGAGACAACAGCAGAGAGUAAAAAGAAGAAUCUCCCAUGGAUUGAGAAGUACCGACCGCAGCGCUUCGAAGAAAUCGUUGGCAAUCAAGAAAUGGUUGUUCGGCUGGGCAUUUUCGCUUCCCAAGGCAAUGCGCCAAAUAUUAUCAUAGCGGGUCCCCCCGGUGUGGGUAAAACAACAACAAUUCUUUGUUUAGCACGCAUUUUAUUAGGCUCCAAUUUUCGCGAAGCAGUGCUCGAGCUAAAUGCUUCGAACGAGCGUGGCAUAGAUGUCGUGCGAAACAAGAUCAAAAUGUUUGCCCAACAGAAAGUUACAUUGCCUCGUGGACGGCACAAGAUUGUAAUUCUCGAUGAAGCAGAUAGUAUGACGGAAGGGGCGCAACAGGCUCUCCGACGAACGAUGGAAAUCUACAGCAAUACCACGCGUUUUGCUCUGGCUUGCAACACAAGCGAAAAAAUCAUCGAACCUAUUCAGUCACGGUGUGCUGUGUUGCGAUUUUCGAAACUCUCCGAUUCCCAAGUGCUAGCAAAAGUUGUAGAAGUAUGCAAACAUGAAAAUCUUAGCUACGAUGAGGAUGGUCUUGAAGCGAUUGUGUUUACCGCUCAAGGGGAUAUGCGGCAGGCACUGAAUAACCUUCAGUCUACUUCUAACGGAUUCGGACAUAUUAGUGGAGCAAACGUGUUCAAAGUGUGCGACGAACCUCACCCGCUGCUUGUGCAGGACAUGCUGCAGCACUGCGUUAAAGGCGAUAUUCACAAAGCAAACAAGAUAAUGACGAAAUUAUGGCGCCUUGGGUAUGCGGCAGAGGAUAUUAUUGGAAAUGUUUUUCGUGUUUGUCGUCGCAUGGAUAUGAAUGAAAAAUUGAAGCUAUACUUCAUUCGAGACAUUGGAGAAGCACAUAUGAAAAUUGUUGAUGGAUUGAAUUCAUUAUUGCAAAUGUCGGCUCUUUUGGCUCGUUUGUGCGAAGCUUCAUAUCAACACGCCUGA